CACUCCAGAUUCAGAAAAUGGCCGUUCGAUGGAAUUGAAAGGUCCGAUUCGUAUUCUCUGCGUGUACUUUUGUAAUUUUAUCGAAAAAGUAAAACAAAUAUCGCCAAAAAUCGGUAUAAAAUUGUUAAUUAGCGAACAUUGAACAGAAAUCGUAAUGAAAAAUCGAUUUAUUUGCUGAAAAAUGUGAAUUUUCAUUGAAAAUUGUUUAGUGAAUUGAAGGAUUCUUCUACAUUUUUAUUAAAUUUUUUUUCGUUUCGUUCAUAUAUGCAUUGUGCUCCGUUUGUUUGACGUGGUAUUGGUGCUUUUUCAUGUACAUUAUAUUUGGAUAUAUAUGGCAGAAGGUGGUUUCUUCAGUGAAGAGUGUUUUGUGCAUUUCUUUGUUCCCAAAAAAUAUGUGUACGGCAUUUUAGGGAACUAAAAAUAAAACGAAAACUUAAAUGCAAAACGGCGAAAAGAACCCCGGGAAUUGAUUGGAUCAUUAUUUUGGGCAAGAACAUUUUUAUAACAUUCUUGAACCGAGUGAAUUUGGGGCUGUGACUGUGAUUUGUUUUUUUUUUAUUAGUGCAAUAGUAAGCAUGUACGGUGCUUAUGCAUAAUUAUACGUGUCUUGCACGUAAAAAUUUAUUAUUUUUUUCGGUUUUUACAUAAUUUAUAAAUUUUAUUUUGGAUUACACCACACUCGACGUGUUACAUGAACAAUAUAUCCUACAUCAUCUCGACCAAGUUACAGUGUUUCAGAUUAAACACAACAUCUUGGGACCAUCGUUACGUUUAGCUAAAAUGACUGAUUCAGCACGGAACGGUGUAUAUAAAUAUUGAAACGUAACGGAUAUGUGAGCGUGUAAUGAACUAUGUUUUUGUCGUAUAAAUCGAUAGAAAAAACAAAAACUUUAGUCAAAUAAGAAAAUGAGUGACAAAACUGUGCAAAGACACAAAAGUAGAACGAUAACACCAUCGUUAACGAUGUUAUUAUUCGGUGAAAAUAGUUGCGGAAAAUACCAUCGACACAAGCGUAACAAAUUCAAAAUACAAACUGAUAAAUCAGACAGUGAUACUCGUGAUACCGUUCCGUCUAGCUUAUCAGUUCGAACAAAACCGUCAUCACAGCCAGUGACAUCUAAUCGAUAUAGAUCAUUUAUCAAAGCGCCAUACCAGACCACGACAUGGCAUUCGUUGUGCUGUGCUGUUGUUUGUAUUUUGCUAGCGAUGCUAACAAUACAAACCGAAUGUGCCAAUGCAUUGUUGAUGGAUUCAUCAGCUAUCAAUGGGGAUGGUGACGUUAAUUUUGGUGUGAGCGGAAGUGGUGGCGCUGGCAGUGGAGGCAGCGGAAAUUCCGGUGGAUUGUAUUUAGAUAAAAUUGGAAAUUUAGAGAAAAGUAUUGCUGCGGUGUUUAACAAAGUCGCGUACGGUUCGACAACGACCAAACGUAGCAUACCCGAUAAUGUGUUCGUACCGAGUUUGACCACUGUACCAACACCUCCAUUGACAACGUAUCGAUAUCGGGACCGCGAGAAGGAAUCUCAAGACGACAAGAAUCAUCAUCAGCAACAAAUUAAUCUCUAUCAUCGAAACUACGAAUUUGAUUUAGAACGCGACCAUGCACUCCCAACGUCAGCGCCAAAUGCUGACAUACUUAAGAGUAACAGUAAUCCAACAUAUCCGAAUCCGAACCGUCACCAUAACCACGAUCGACAUCGGCACAUUAAUUCAACACCGGCACCAUCAGUUCACAAUUUGCUGAAGAAAGGACAGCCAACGAUUCCGAUGCAUCAGGGUGAUUUGCCACCGUAUUCACCGCCAGCACGUUCGUCGUUUACGCCACCACAACCUCCGCAUCCUUUCGCUGACAAGCCGACGCUUCGUGGAACGAAUAGCGACAGUGGAAUCAUCAACACAAACAAUUAUAUCAACCGACGACCAAUACCUCCUCCUAGUCUAACGCCGGGACAGGAACGAAUACCGUUUCGACCGCCAGAUUUAGUAGGAGCAAAACCAUUGGCACCGUUGUCUCCUCUCGGAAGUGGAACGGCUGUUCAGCAGCAACAUGAACAAACAUCACAUCAGCAAGUGACGCCAACAAAUUCGGACCGAAAGAAGGCACUGAAUACUCCAGCCGAUAAGAACAAACAUAAAGGUGACGCAUCUGGAAGUGAUCGUUCCGAAAAUGGAAAUUCAAGCGACCCACUACCGAAUGGCGGCGUAUUCCAUUUUCCAAGCAUAUCGCGAAUACUAUCAGGUUCGAAUGGUCGCAAAGAAGUCGUUCCAGAAGUAUUACUUCGAUCAGUUACGGCAAGACCUAACUAUCAAGCACCGAUUGGAUCUGUGGAACAGACACCCAUCUCAGGAUCAAAUGCCAAGGACAAUUCAAACUUAAACCAAAAUCGAGACGACGACAACGAUGGUCUGAGUGUUGAAGAUGAGAACGACGAAGAUGCUGAAGAGGACUCGGAUGAUUUUGACAUGUUUGAACAGGAUAUCAGUCCAGAAGAACCGAAACCUCAACCCAAUCAGCAAACGAACAAACAAAGUGCAACAAAAUCCACUCAGUCGCCCUACCACGAAAGUGAUACUGCCGAUUCGACACAGAUCAUUCAAAAUUUGGCCAAUGUAAACGAAAGGAAUGUUUUGCACACGACAGCUUUGCCUGCUGGCAGUGUCAGCAACAAACCGAAUCAUCAAUCGAGCAAUGGUGCCGCUACUUGGACUGUAGCAUGGAACAUCCACGUUUAUUUGUCGGCUAUACUAUUCACCGUUCUGGCAGUCUACAGCAUCUUCAAAAUGAUUUUCUACGACAAGCUGACGCAUCUGUUCAAUCAGAGCUACUUCAUUUGCAUCCACCUGAUUCUGAUCAUCAUUUGCCUGGCACGGAUCUUCUUCUUAUGUUACGAUGCGUACAACAUUCAUUCCAGCUUCCACACAUUCAUAUCGGAGCUGUUGCUCAAUUUGCCGGCCACAUUUUUGACCGUGGCUUUUGCCACCCUGAUACUGUUCCUGUUGAUCAGAUCGUUGAAUCACAAAAACAAUCGUUACUCGGCACUGAUGCGACCAUUGACUGUUGUGGUGGGUAGUAGUGUUCACGUUGGUCUGUGCAUUACGUUGCAUUACGUGGAGAGCAACAGCAACCAGAAUCAAAUGUAUGCUCAAGCUAAGUACAACGGACUUCGGGGAAACAUUCAUCACAGUCCACCGAGAGUGCUGUCGCUUAUCUGUCAGAUCAUCUACAUUUUCGUGUGCUUAAGCUUGGGAAUAUUCUACUUGUAUGUGUAUCGGGUACUGAAGCGAGUUCUCCAUAACAAGUCGCAGAACUACAUCCACGGCUAUCAGAAUUUGUCGUACGCAAUUCAUAUUACAAUCGCCACGGCACUCUUAUUCGUACUGUUGGCUCUGCUUCAAGUUUAUGGUGCUAUUAGCAUACCGACCACUAGGCCGCUCAUUUCGUCAUCGACAGAAAUCGACUGGCUCCAAUGUGGCUAUCAAUUUUCGCUACGGUUGAUAGAAAUCGCCAUCAUAACACUACUGUCGUGGGUGACCGGAUUAAAAACUGGAGCCUCGAAAGUGUUGCAGCGAGAGAAAGGUAUGGAAACGCACAACGUAUCUGGCUUCGCUCUAUUCCCCUGCACAUCAAGCUCCAGUCAAGAACAUUUCGAGACCGACUAUCCUGCCAUUUGCAACGCCAACACGAAUCUACACACCUAUACGAUGCGUACGGGUAAACCAAUCUACGACGACAACUUUGCACUGAAUUCCUUGGGUAUGGACAAUCCGGUUCCGCAACAAGCAAUUGGCAGAGAGGCAGUCAGCGAUUUCCAAGUGCCGAAUUCGAAUGAGUUUACUCGAACAUACGAAACUAGCAGUGCCCGGUCAUCGACCCAUACAUCUGAUCGCCAAGCGACCGAUGGUGAAUUUUUAAAUGACAGCGGUGCCAUGCCGGAUCAUUAUGAAAAUCCAGACUUUGAAUUGAGACCGAGCACACGAGGCGGACAUCAUCAAUUGGUGAUGGAUAACUGUUAUGCCGAGCCAAUUGGCAACGAACCAACUGGUGCCAGCGAACGGUACGACGUCCGUGAUCAACAGAAUUUCGAUUUUCAAAAUUUCGAAAAACCUACAUUCGAACGACCAACACCCUUGGCACCGAUAAACAGCGGCACGGAAUUCCGAGCAUCGAAAAAUUUGAAGGCAAUGAAGAACAGCAACGCAAACAAUUUGAACCAUCUCGACCGACAACAUUACGACAAUCCGGACCGUCGCAGCUCAAAUUCAAAUCAUUCAUUUGCUACCGCUGGCCGAACGCUCAACAAUUUAAAUUACAACGGUGCCGGCCACGGUAGUAAUUCAUUCGAUCGACGUGGUAUACGAAAAAGUGGCACACUAAACAAUAUCGGUGCUGUGCAUGGACGUGGCAAUGCUGUGAAUAAUGGUGGCACAUCGUCAUCAUCCAAUUCGUCGGGACGAGCGUCCGGAGUUCAGACAUUAAGAGGCCAAGAUCAUCACCAUUUGCAAAGGAAUACAUCCGGUCGAUCAUCUCAACAACACCAACAGCAACAACAACAACAACGAAAGGAUCGUCACAGGUCGUCGAUUGAACGAAGUAGCACAAGUCAUUUAGCAUCUGGCUACAGUAUGAUGGCCGAAGAUGCUUACGGUGGCGGACGUCAAUUGGAUAGUGCAAGCAAUGCCAGUAGUGAUGGUGGCAGUUGUAGUGGUGGAAGUGCUGCCGGAAUGCAGCCUACUCGAGUGUGUUACCAACCGGAGCGACCGCAUUUUAAGCAAAUGCAUCGACAGCAUGAUAUUAACGGCGGAAGUUCGGAUGCACAGAAUAGUGGCGACUCGGCGACUAGUGGAAGUAUGCUGGUAGCUGAACACGGUUUUGUUCGAUUUCGUGCAUUAGAUGAUAUGGGAAUUAUGAAGCAUAGUCCGGGCAUAGCACAACAGCAACAUCCUAACGCGCCAUUCCAAACAACGGGACGUAGCAAAGAACGUGCAUUCACCAAUUCUUAGUACAAUUACUAGAAAACAAUUGGUAUCGACAAUGGUUGUACAUAGUUGCACAUAGGUAAAGUAUUUAAUCCAGCUAGCUAACGUUAAACAAAA